AUGGCCACCUCUCCCAGAACCUGGCGCGACACCGUCUGGCUCGUCUGGUUCUGCAUCCAGAUCCCUGUCAUCUUGUGCGUCGACAUCGUCGACAAGUAUCCGGCCUGGCUGUGUGCCAACCCCGGAGCCCCCUUGCAUGCCCUGCAUCGCUUCCGCCAGUGGUACAUUGCCACACACAACGACCCGGUCGUCCAGUGGACCCCGGCAACACAUCCGCUGCUCUCCAACGGCGGCGGCAGCUGGGUCCCGCUCUUCUUCUGGAUCGAGUUGGUCUUCACCCUGCCCACCGUCCUAUACGCCGUCUACCGUCUGGGCUUUGUCCGCGGCCGCAACCGGGCUCCUCUUGGCGGCACCACUGGCCCGCUCGAGCUGCUGCUACUCGUCUACGCACUCGAGACUGCCCUGACGACCGCUGUCUGCAUCCACAACAUCAGCUAUUGGGACCCCUCCAUCUAUUCUUCUGCCCAGAAGAACACCUUCCGCUUUCAGCUGAUGGGCCCGUGGCUGGCCAUGCCCUCUCUCCUCUUUCUCGACAUGUACUCCCGUCUGCUGGCCCGUUUCUCGCUCGCCGUCAACACGGACAAAAAGACGCGAUGA